AAGAACAGUCGCUCAGACGACUGAAAUAAACACUAUGGGCUAUGGGGCUGCAGGCUUUCAUAUCUAUGUGAACCUGGGCUACCUUGCCGACUGGUUUAACACUAGUGAACUAGACUGUGUGAGUCUUUAAACUAUAUCUCCUUCGUUAUUUGAUAGUCAGGAGAAUUCUACCAGUCCUGUGAUGUGCUUUCACUGUGAACAUGACAAAUUCCUAAGAAAACAAAGAAUAAGUGAUCUGGACGAAAAACUGAAGCUCAAUAUUGCUGGGGUUCAAAGACAGUACGAGGAGCUAAGUGAGGAACAACUGAAUGAAGAUCAAAGGGAUGAACAACUGUUCAAGGAACAAAAGAAGAGGCUGGAACAGUUUACCCCAUGCUUCCAGUGUUGUGAAGCAGAGCAGGAAGGGAGAAAUGUGACGGACUGUCAGAUCUGCAGAUUUAUGCAACACAAGCCUGAACAAACGUCAUACUGUGACGUUUGCCCCGGCUUAAAGGAGAUGGUUGAUAAUGGAGAGUCAACUAUUGAAGAUUUAAAGAAGGCCUGUGCUGAAUUGAGAGAAAAAGCGGAGCAGAGUGAGAAAAAACUGGCAGACUUCAAGGAGAGGAUGUCGAUUGAGGCUUCUGCUGAAAUAGGAUUCAACAGCAAAAUAUUUGAAGACAUAAACAACCCCUGCAGAGAAUCUGAGCUGAGGAAGAGUUAUGAGUUGCUGCGCGUCAAGGAGUGGCCCAAGUGCCUGAUGAGUAUUAAAGACCGCAUUAAAAAGGGAAAAGUAGAGGAUGAAAAGACGGAGAAGGAAACCAUUAAAAGAAUGAUGAAGAAUGUAUUCGACAAGGCUUUGACUGACAUGAAGAAGAAGAGAGAGUCACUACAGGCAGUGUUCGGAAUAACUGAUGGAGCAAAAUCCUUCAACAGAAAGCAGCAGCACUGCAUGGAUAUGGCUCUUCAGAACCUGCAGGCCAUGAUACUGUACGGAGAGUUCACAUAUUACCAGGAUAUAAACGCGGAGCUUGGACUCUGUAAUCCAGACCACCUGUGUGAGUUUGCUGACCUGUGCUACAAACAGGCCUGCCUGAUGGCGUUACAUAACCCACCGAUGACUCUCGACUGGGAGAAUAAAGAGAGACACGGCCACUUCCCACUGAUAAAAACAGGAUAAGGUUGUGAUGGUGAAUCCUCUUCAUCAGCGCUGCAUCAGCAUGUGGGUCAUGAGUGCUGAAACCGCUGGAUGGAGGAAUCAGAACAUCACUGUACUGUAGUGUCUGCAGGGCAGGCGGAGUUUAGAUCAGGAGAAGGGGAAAUAUUAAAAGCAUCUGGUGUUGUGUGGGUCAAGGGAUAUCCUCAAUAGCAUGUGUUUUAUUCUGCUGAUAUUAGAAUAAAGGUGUUAUUAGUGUAACGUUAAUAUUUCAUUCAUUAAAUCUUUAAUAUUUCCCUGCCGGAGCAUUUUUAUGAUUUUCACCUAAAUUUUUUCAUGGCUCAGAAUAUUUCAUGCCAUCAUUAUACAAGCAUUUUACAAAUAAAUAAAGAAAAGAGCCUCUGCUUUAAGGACAAAAGUCUUCUUGUGUGUAUAUAUAUCAUCAAUGGCAGGCCAAUAGUUAAUGUGAGGGGGAAUAAUUAAACUAAACUCACUGCUGAUAAUGGGAAUGGAUGAUGCUCAUGUUAAUUCAGGAAAUGGUUGUUGUUGUCAUACGGUCAUUUAUUCCAGUGUUUGUGCUGCUCUUCUUCUUGGUCCCUGCUCUUCAUACGGUGCUUAUGGUUUAUCUAAAUGUAAUAUGACAGAACUGGUAAUCUUGUGUGUAUUUUAGAUCCUCAUUCACUUCUGAUGGAUAUGUGCUCUGUAAAUAACGCAGAGUUCCACACAAUUCCCUCAUGUUGUCGAAACACCAAUCACUUAAGUUCAUAAAACAUAAAACAGUUAAGUUAUCCCCAAAAAACCCAGGCAUGGUGUUGAAUGUGCGACAGUGUGAAUGAGCAGCAGAGAUAGUGCUUUGUGAUGGUUGCUCAUUCCCAACUGCUGCGAAGGGUAUUGUGUGGAAGGGUUGUUUUAGCCUAAUCGA